AGAAGCUUAGCAAAGACAAUGACUUCUCGACGGUAGAUCACGCCGCGCGCCUAAGUCACUGGUCAAGUAUAAGAAUAACCGCCGCCAGGGAUAAAGUGUUCGCCGAUCGCGCGUAGACGGUCAGUCCGUGUUUGGUAUACCUUCGUUAUGAUUCGCUAAGGGAUUACCCGAUACGCCUCCCGUUGCACGUAGUUUCCUCACACGAUAGCUCUCCCCGUGGGACGAAACGUUUGAUUCUCGCCAGACAAGUACGGUGUCGGCCGAACGAGCAACAGGGCGCACGUACAAUUCCGCUCCUCUCUUCGCGAUCGAACGUCUUCCCGACCGCGUUUUCCGUUCGCGAUAUCUCCGCUAAAAAAGAGGUAGCCGUGUGAUUUGGUGAAACCGAGGCUCCAGAACGUCGACAAGUUGCUCAAACUCGUUUCGUGAUUUUUCCUUCGGCUUGCUCGCUUUAGCGUUUCCGGAAAUGGAAUCAAAAAUUACAUCUGUAGCAGAAUGGUAUCGUGGCCGAAAUAUCUUUAUCACCGGAGGCACUGGAUUUAUGGGGAAAGUUUUAAUUUACAAACUAAUGCUCAGCUGUCCGGACCUUGGCAACGUUUUCGUACUGAUCAGAAAGAAGAGAGGAGUUGAACCACAGGCCAGGCUACAACGCAUACUACAGGAAGAACCAUUAAAAACGAUCAACGAGAAGUAUCCAGAAAGGUUAAAGAAACUCAUACUGGUUUCUGGCGAUACCAUAGACGACGACCUCACAUUAUCCACCGCCGAUAAGGAAAGAUUGCUACGAGAAGUCUCUGUGGUCUUUCAUAUGGCGGCAAACGUGAAAUUUGAUUUGACAUUGAAGGAGGCAGUGACGAUGAACGUUAUGGGCACCCAAAACGUCGUAAAUCUUGUGAAAGAGAUGCCACACUUAGUGUCGUUCAUCCACGUUUCGACAGCGUAUAGCCAAUGUACCGAACCGGUGCUCGAGGAAAGAUACUACGAGUGUUCAGAACAGCCGGAAGUCGUGAUAAACACCGUAAAGAAUCUAACGGACGAUGUUCUUCAUGCAAUGACGCCGAAGAUAUUGCACGGUCAGCCGAAUACAUACGCUUACAGCAAAGCUCUCAGCGAGAAUGUGGUUCAAAAAUCCAAUCUUCCUGCGGGCAUUGUCAGACCUUCGAUAGUGGUGGGAUCGUUAAAAGAACCGGUAGUUGGUUGGGUAGACAAUAUAAACGGACCUAUGGGAUUAAUGAUAGGGGGUGGAAAAGGAGUGAUCAGGAUUAUGCUCUGCGACUACGACUGUUUGUUGAAUAUAAUUCCCUGUGACAUGGCGAUCAACGCGAUGAUCACGUUUGCAAGGAAAAUAGGAAUGGAAAAACCUAAGAUGCCAAUAUAUAUGAACGUGGCUAGUGGAUCUGAGAAUCCACUCUCUUGGGGUUAUGCCAUAGAAAGUGGAAUUAAAUGGACAAGGAAAAAUCCAUUCUCAGGUCUUCUGUGGUACCCAAACGGAAGCUUAACUUCGUUGAAGUUAUACUUUUGGGUCUGUGUAAUCCUGUUUCAUUUACUACCAGCGUAUAUCAUAGACACGAUAAUCACGUUAACUGGAAACAAACCGUUUCUGGUGAAGGUACAAUACAAAAUCAACGCCGCUAUCAAAUUGAUGUAUUACUAUACUACGAAGGAUUGGCACUUUCGAAAUGAUCGAAUGAAACAACUGCAGCUCGAGUUGAAUCCAUCCGAUAGAGAAGUAUUCUUUAUGGACACGGCGGUAAUUUCCUGGGACGAUUUCAUAUGUAUAUAUUUACUAGGCGCUAGGGAAUACUUUCUGAAAGACGAUCCUUCGACUUUACCUCGCGCACGAAAAAUUCUUAAUUACCUAUACUACGCCGAUACGUUCGUGAAAACCAUUUUCACCAUUUUCGUUGUAUGGAUCGUAUAUUCUUAUUUAAGCCCUUAUAAAGAACUGACUGCGACAACUUUCGAUGUUCAUGAAAUUUAGAUAUACUUUAAAGUAAUAUUAUGACUUUAUCUCGCGGUGACAAUAUUUCUAUAUGUUUACCCUGCAUUUAAAUUUCAAUCGUGCGUUUGUUCCUUUUACCGAUCAAGUUUAACUUUCAUUGUCUCUCUUGACGAAGACAUGUCAGAAAGAGGAAGAUUCGCAAUUGUUCUCCCAAACAAGAGAAGAAUUAUGUCUAACGUCGCGAUACACAGAACCACUUUAACGUUGAAAUACUGAAGUAGGAAGUGUCAUAAGUAAUAAGUAAUAUUUUGUCAAUAAUGCAUGUUGGUUUCUUGUGUUUGUAUUCACUGUUCUUACAGAGUUUCACAUUUGCUAUAAUUGUGUCUCUACGAUAUUUACAUGUUGAAAAGUUUUUCAACGCUAUCUUUGUUUCACAAGAUUAAUUUUAGUUUCUUCAAUCAUAAACCACCGUUGUUGCAACAAUUAUGAAUACAUUUACUUUUCAUACGCGACGUAUACUAUGUGAUGAUAAUUACAGAAAUGCAAUUAAACAUUUAUAGAAUAUGCUUAAUUAUUCUUGUAUGCUUUUAACAUAUAAGAUGCAGUAUGGUCUUUAAAGAAUGUACUGAUAAAUAAAUGCAGUAUGAUGAGGUGACUGUAUUAAUAAUUUAUUUUACAAAAUUAGCCAUAAUGCGAAGCAAAUUAAAACGAAACGCAUACAAUCGUUUCUUGUAUUAGUCAUUUAA